AUGUUAUUUAAAUAAAAUUGCUCAUUGUUUAGAAAGCUUUUAGCUUAGAAAUGUUUAAUGAUGCCAGGAGCAUAUAAUGGUAUGGUAAGUAGACAAUGUGCAGAUAAUGGUUUUGAGGCUCUAUAUAUAUCAGGUGCUGCUGUCACUGCAUCAAGUGGAGUGCCAGAUAUUGGGUAUAAUUUAGAGAUAAGUUAUUAAGUAUGGNUUAUAAAUAUUAAAUAUAUAAGAAAAAAAUUGAGAAAGAAUAUCAUGUUUUAAGGUUUCUUCUUUUGAGAAUGGUUGAAUAAGUGACUGAUUUCAAUUUUGGGACAGUUACAACUUUUUUGAGAAGAUUAUCAUAGAGAUGA